AUGCACUUCACCACUACCGCCGCCGCUGCCAUCUUGGCCUUUGCCUCAUCGGCUCUUUCUGCCCCCUACAACAGCCCUCGCACCGAGCAGACUCCCGCUCCUGCCCUGUCUCUGACCCAGCAGCUCUUCCUUGCCGACACUGCCGCGGAUCGCUUCAAGCUCCUCCCUGACGACAAGCAAUUCGUCUUCGACUUCAACCAGCCUCAGAAUAACCCCGGAAAAGGCGGCGAGCUCAUCGCCGCAAACCGCAAGACCUUCCCCGCUCUCGUGGGGACGGGCAGCGGCCUUGCUCUGGGCCGAGUGGGUCCCUGCGGGAUGAACACGCUCCAUGUGCACCCGCGAUCCGCCGAGCUCCAGAUCGUCGUCGAGGGCCGCCUCAUCACCGAGAUGACGCCCGAGAAUGGCGUCGUGGAGGCCGCCGACGGCAAGACCCGCCGCGUCAUCCGCACCGAGCUGGGCCCCUUCCAGAUGACCCCCUUCUACCAGGGCUCCAUCCACAGCCAGUUCAACCCGGACUGCGAGGACGCCGUCUUCAUCGCGAGCUUCGCCGCCGAGGACUUUGGCACGGGCCAGGUCGCAGACAGCACUUUCGCCUUCAGCGACGACCUGAUCGCCGCCGCCUUCGGCCAGAGCAUUGCCGGCGAGGAUAUUGACCGCGUCCGCAAGGCCAUCCCCGCCAGCAUCGCCCUCGGCGUGGACGAGUGCUUGAAGAAGUGUAACAUCAAGAAGCGCUCUCUUUGA